UUCAGCGAUCAAAAGUGGACCCACCGGCACGGUUUACACCGCCACACUGCGGUUGUUAAUGCGAUCAGAAUGCUGGUGAACUUCACGAUGAAAAGGGUUGUGGUUGUGAUUGUAGUAUUUGUAGGAGUUUUGUUAUGUAGCAUAGCAGACGCAGUUCGUGGAGUUUCAGUGUCCUGCAUGGUGGCAUACGAAGAAGGUGGGGUCCGUGCUGUAUUUAGUUCACCCGAGUGUCCUCAAUGGGUUUUAUGUGCCGAGCCUUCUAAAAACAUGUCGAAGAAUUGCCAAUUCGCCACCCUUCAGGGACAUAGAAAGUAUCAAGAAGAUCGUGUUACAUGCAAUCUUGAUAUGAAACUACCAUUUUCAGGUGAAGGUGGGCCCGAGGAGAUUACUAUUGGUAUUGCAGCUAUAUUUGAUGGCCAUGGAGGCGAGGAAGCCAGUGAGAUGGCUUCGAGAAAACUUUCAGGUUAUUUUUUGAUUCACUCUGUGUUUAUCGCAUACAAGCGAGCACUUUCGGGCGACAAAGAGAAUCACGUGCCAUUGAUUGGUCAUCGUUCGCUUCCAUCAAUUUUAGAGGAAGCAUUAUUGAGAACAAUUCAAGACAUCGAUACAGAGUUUUCAAAGGAAGCUUUUGAAAGACGAUGUGUUUCGGGGUCUACUGCCACCAUUGUUCUAUUGGUUAACGGCGAAUUUCUGAUUGCCAAUGUUGGUGAUUCAAAGGCAAUUCUCUGCUCUAAAAAAGGAUCUUCACUGGGAGAAGUUUAUGCUGAGGAACUGACAAAAGAUCACCACCCGGAUAGAGAGGAUGAAAAAACCCGAAUCGAAGCAGCUGGAGGAUUCGUUACCAAAUCUAGCAUUCCACGUGUCAACGGUGUAUUGGCCGUGUCCAGAGCUAUCGGCGAUGUUUUUUUGAAAAGAUAUGGUGUUACAGCUGAACCCGAAGUCACUGGUUGGAGACCUUUUAGCCCUGAAGACAUGUACCUGGUGGUAGCUUCGGAUGGUAUCUUCGAGACAUUGAAUUCUCAGAAUGUGUGCGAUCUUCUAGACGACAAGGCAUCUUCGUCCUCAUUGUCGGACCGGAUAGUUCGCUCCGCAUUUAGAACAGGCAGCACAGACAACCUAUCAGUUAUUGUGAUUUCUGAUCUUCAUAAUUGACACAGAGAGCAGAUAAAUCACGAGAGCAAAAUUAGUGCUCAAAAUCGGUAGUGAUUUCAUUUGAUCCUGGCCCAGAGUUCCAUUUUUCAGAGGGCCAGCUUCCACUAUAACUGUUUCGUAGUUUUAUCCGAUGUGUUUAUCCAUAUUCGGUGAUUCCAUUUUAAAUGAACUCAUAUGUAAAGGAAUAGUACUCUGUUUAUCCAUACAAAUUGUGUUUUACAAAAGUAAAACCGGCUCAAAUAAAAUUGACUCUGUUUAUCCUGGAAUUUUAUUAUCUCUUUUGGUGAUUGAAGUUUGUGGCUGAGGAAGCAAGUUAGUGGCAGACUGACAGUUUGGCCAGCCGUACGCCACUACAGCCGCUCUGCUCACAUCCGAAAAAACCCCAAAAUUUGAAUUAGGGACAAUGGCUGAAGUGGUGAAGGCAACGGUGACUAUGAGGCUGCCACCACAGAGCACAACUGCGAGUUAUCGGUCAGCCACCAAUGGCCCUCAUCGAUGAGCUUUUGGUGGGUGGCUUUGAAUAUCUGCCCCGUGGUCUGGCCUUCUUUAUUGUAGCGGACAAAGUGCCAUCGAAUUCUUCACAAACUGCACCAAAUUAACCAGAAAAUUUAUGGGGUAAUUUCUCUUGAUCACUAUAUAAGAAAUUUCAUGAAUAUAUGUAUGUAUUUACCUUGUACCAUUUGACUUCCAUAUGCAUAUGCAAUGCAGCUUCUUGGAUUCGCCAAGGUUGACGAUCUCCAUGAAGGCUUGCCGCAAUGUGCAACACACUAUUGCCAUCGUUGUCCACUUCGCCAAAUAAGUUUUCUCGAGAUUCCGAGCGUCCAAUUAGGUUCGUUGAGUGCAGAUUUUAUCCAUCACUGCUUGUUCAUUAUUUUUGUCAACCAUCAAAAUAAACUUUUCUUUC